AGAUGAACCUGAACUAGGCCUUAACCAGAGAGUCCAACUGAUUGCAGCCCAAACAAACAAACAACCUAAUUUGCAUUUCUCAAAAUUCCAGCGAUUCAACUCAGAAAAACACCAACUCAUAAACCCUGCUAAAACCUCCAUUUUCCCUCUUUCCCAAUUUAUUUCCAGCCAUGAACAGAGCUAAAUUACUCCGUUUAUCUUCUAUACUCGUCAACUCGCUUUCUUCAACUCGGCAAUCAGGACUUCACUCGCUCAGAUUGAAUCAGGUGACUCAUUUUUCUCACUUUACUCAAUCUCCUACUUUCUCUAGAAAUCCACAUUUUAGCAAUAUUUCCCCCAAUUCCCAUCAAAGUUUAUACUUUUCUACAACCCCAGAUUCUUUGAUUAACCUAAUUUUGUCCAAAGAUUGGUCAGAAGAAUUUGAGAUUGAAUUGGGAAAGUUAAACCCUAGAGUGAACCAUGAAUCUGUAGUUUAUGUUUUGAAGAAAUUGAAUCGAAACCCUAAAAAGUCUUUAGAUUUUUACAAAUGGGUGCGUGAUAAAAAAGGGUUUGAGCCCCGUUAUGUUCCUAGUACUAUAUUGCUUAAGACUUUGGCUAGUAGAGAGUUUUUGAAGGAUUUCUGGGAUGUUGCCGAGGAAAUGAAGGGAAAGGGGUUUUGCAUUGAUAAACAUAUUUAUGGUGCUGUUAAUGGGGCUUUAGAACGAGAAAAUUUGGUUACUGAGGCAGGAGUAUGGACCAAGUUUUACGAAAAGAUGCGCGAGGAUAAUGGUGAGAAUGAUGCUGUUAAGGGUGUUGUUGAGGUAAUUAUGGGAUCUGAGUGGAAUGAGGGGGUGGAGAGUAAGUUAAUGAAGCUUGGUUUUCCGUUAGCGGAGAAUGUUGUGUUUAGAGUGGUAUGGAAUUUGAAGGAAGAACCAUUGAAGGCUUUAAAGUUUUUUGAGUGGAUUGCGAGUAGCCGGAAAUUUGAGCAUAAUAGUGUAACAUACAGCAGGAUGGCCAGGGUUUUAGCUCUAGGUGGAUUGAUGGAUGAGUUUUGGAACCUGGUGACGAAAAUGAGAAGUAAGGGGUAUGAGAUAGAUAAUUAUGUAAAGCUUGCAAGGUGUCUUGGUAAGGAACAUGCUGUUAAGCUGUUUGAGCUCAUGAUGGAUGGUCCAUACAAGCCAACAGAGACCGAGUGUAAUUGGCUUUUGAAGAUGCUUGCCCAUGAACUUGAUCCAGAUAUUGAAUUGGUAAAUAGGGUUGUUAACAAGUAUGUGGGAGCUGGAAACACCCAUACUAAAGCUUUAUACGACGGUUUGCAUAGAUCUUUAUGUAAAGCUGGGCGAUUUGAUGAAGCAAAGAAGGUUGUGGAAGACAUGAGGAAUGCUGGUUUCAAGCCUGACAAUAUUACUUAUAGCCAAGAAGUUUUUGGCCUCUGUAGAUUGAAAAGGUUUGAAGAUGCUGUUAAGGUGCUAAACCAAAUGGAAGCUGAGGGAUGUGUUCCCGAUAUAAAAACUUGGACCAUAUUGAUCCAAGGUUAUUGUAUAGCAGGUCAAUUGAAUGAGGCAUUGUCAUGCUUUGCACAGAUGCCCGAAAGAAACCUUGAUCCUGAUGCUGAUUUGUUGGAGGUGCUGAUAGAUGGAUUCCUCUCUCAAGAUAAGUUGCUUGGUGCUUAUAAAUUUCUUGUUGAGAUGGUCAACAAGGCUUGCAUAAAACCUUGGCAGGCUACAUAUAAACUGAUGAUUGAGAAGCUAGCACAAGAUGGUAAACUUAACGAAGCAUUCAACCUUCUUAGUAUGAUGAAGCAGCAAGGAUAUCCUCCUUAUCCUGAACCAUUUACUGCGCAUAUCUCCAAAUCUGGAACUGUGGAGGAUGCUAAGAAGCUCUUAGAAGCAGUGCCUAUGAAUGGUCUUCCAUCCACUGAAGCUUAUUUAAAUAUCAUUACAUCUUUCUUUAACAUAGGUAGACAUUCUGAGGCCAAGGAUCUGCUUUACAAUAGCCCUUCUCAUGUUCGCAGACAUAGGAUAAUUAAAAAAUUGUUUGGCUCCAAGCCUUCAAUUAACUCUCCUAGUUAAGGCAGUGGGUAUCAGAACAAAAACAGCUGUUCUUUGUGUAGAAUGUACGUCUUCAACCACUAGUUAUAAAUGAGCCUUCUUGGAAGUCUAGUGACUGGAUUUGGAGAGUGUUUAAUUCCCUUUAGCAUCAUGCUGUAUACUAUCAAGCUGGAAUUUGAUGGUUUGAUAUAUAUCUCUGGAACUGAAUAAAAUGCUCCAGGAUUCGCGUGGCCUAGAUUGGAUGACUUUAAUGUCACUUUGGAUGUCUUGUUGCCUUUUACAUUGUUGUGGAAGAACAUUUCCUUUUCCCAUUAUAGGUUUAUAGCAGGAAGACUUGUCAAUGAAUGUUUACAUGUUUGUACUGAAGAAUUUAACAGAUGAGUUUUUUUGCGCAAUGAGCGAUUUUUUCUGUAUGAAUACAGUUGACAGCUUCACAAGUUAUAGGAGUAUUAAGCACUGAUUAAUAGUCAUGUUAGAUUGCUAGUAUGCUACUAUUCUGUGCAUUUUUAAACA